AUGUUUGCUUGCUGCGACAACCACUUUGCUACUGUCCAGGGGGUUAGGACCAACGAGGGCUGGAGGAUAAGGUUCCGCCGCACCUUCUGCCUAGCUGAAAGGGUCGAAUGGGACAACCUCUGCAGGAUCUUUGACCUCUCGCCCGCUUCUGAGGGCGAUGAUGUGGUCCGUUGGGCUCUGGAGCCUUAUGGGGAGUACUCCACCAGCUCGAUGUACUCCAAGCUGUCCCGAGGGGGGACGGUUACCCACUUUAAGGAGAUUUGGCACACGAGGGUACCGCCAAAGAUCCGGGUCUUCCUCUGGCAACUUAUCCGGGGUAGACUGCCCUCCGGGGACCAAUUGCUCAAGCGGAAUGGGCCAUCGAAUGGGUGA